AUGCUGGGCUCGGGUGGCUCCAUAGACCGGGGGCGGCUCCGACAGCUGCUGAGGGGGAGUGUGGCCGGCCUGUGCGAGCUGAGACUCCUCCGGGAGAGGCAGGAGGUCCGGGUCCGCCGGGCGCUGCGGGGGGGAGAGGAUCUGGACAGACAGUUGUGGGAGUUGGAGAGACAGCUGGGAGAGCUCAGACUGCGAGCCGAGACCGACAACCAGAGCCCGGAGUUGGACGCCAAUAACCCGGAGUCAUGUGACGUCUUCCUGGACCGCCCCCCGCGGAUGGGUCAGGCGGAGGCCCGCAUGCAUUACGCCAGCGAACGCCCGAAGAGCGCAGGUGACCUGGUUGUGGGAUCCCAGCACCCCCGCUCCUCUUCUUCCCGCCUGCUGGUUCCUCGCUCCAUGUCUGCUCCCUACCCCUCCCCCUCCUCUCCUCCUCCCCCUCCCCCCGCUCGCCGGGCUGAAGGCUACAUCCUCUCUCUUCUCCGCCGCCAGCUACGCACCCCCUACAUGCGCUCGGUCUCCGCUGAGCGCCCCACCCCCCCUCCUCCACCCCCUCCCCCACCUCCUCCCGCUCCAGCCUGUAGAAUGACCACCACCUCUUACACCCCUGUCCAUCGGGGCCCCCGAAGAAAGCACCCGCCCCUGCUGAAGGGCCGCAGCGUGGAGGGCUCUCCCCCGAGACCCCCCCGGAAAUGUCUGUCGGCGGAGGAGCCGCCACGGAAAAGGGGAGGGCGCAGGACGCCGCGGUCUCUGUCUGAGACGAGCCUGAGGGACCCCAUCCAGCAGCAGGAGGAGUGCGCGGAGGUCGGGGUGCACGCCGAAGCGUGGGACGGCUCCAGGGGGAACUUGGCGGCCUGGGGUCACCCCAGAAAUCACAGGGAAAGCUGGGCCAAUGCCCGAUCGCACACUGAGGGUUGGGCCGACCAGCGGCCCUUCGUCCCAGAGUGGGGCCCCAUGCAGGAAGGAGGGCGGUGCUACACCCUGGGCAGAGACGGGAGGGCCCCGCCGGUGAGGCUCGGCCCCCCCUGCAGGAAGUGGAGAUCGACUGCCGAGAUCAGCGCCGGGGUGCCGGAGGUGGAGCCGCGGGUCGAUUCGGAGGGGGAAGAGGAGGAGGAAGAAGGGGAGCUGGUGUGGCCAAUGCAGCUUCCUCCCCGCGAUGCCGAGGGGCCCCCAGGUGUUCAAAGUGAAAGCCUCACAGGCGCUAAAGAAAAAGAUCAUGCGCUUUCACACGGGGUCACUCAAGGUCAUGACCACAGUGUG